AAUACUUGGAAAUAAACUACACGUGGAAAACAUUUAAAUUCACUGAAGUAUUUUAGAAUGUAUUUUUUCGUAUAAAAAGGUAACACGAAAAAACAGAUCAACAUUAUCAAUAGUGAGUAUACUGAUAGCGUUCUGGUAAGCUCAUAACUGUCAACAAACACCAUGUUUGUGCAGAUUGCACUGGCGAUGGUCUGCCUUGCCAGCAGCACGGUCUUGGCGGCAUAUGACAAACCAUUCUACGACUUGGAAGACGCUGAGAACUUGUUCAAGGAAUUUGUCCAAGAGCACGAAAAAGUAUACAACCGAAGAGAGUAUUAUGAAAGGCUUGAGAUUUUCAAGGCGACUUUAAAAGAUAUAAAUGAGCAAAAUGCCAUGUUUCCUGACACUGUAUUUGCACUUAAUCAUUUCGCCGAUCUGAAGCCUGAAGAGCUUGAGCACUACUUUGGUUUCAAACCCUCAAAUGAAACUACACAGAAAGUGAAUACCCCCAAUGGGCCACGCCCUCUUCCUAUAAAUUUCGACUGGAGGACCCGUAAUGCGGUUUCACAUGUCAAGAAUCAAGGAUAUUGUGGCAGCGCCUAUAUCUUCAGUGCUAUUGGAAAUAUUGAAGGACAGUACGCUAUUAAACAUCGCCAAUGCUUAUCCCUUUCCGAAGGACAGGUCCUUGAUUGUCUCGAUAGUGGAGGUUGUGAUGGAGGGUGGCCGGAUGUAGUAAUGAGGGAUUUAUAUAAGAAAAAGCUAGAGAAAGAAGAAGACUAUCCGUAUUAUCCAGAGAAGAAAAUGUGUAUAGAAGACGCUAAGAAAGGAAUUGCCGAGGUGACAGGAGUUAUCGUACGGCCAUUUAUUAAACAUGAAUACGAUUUGAUGAACGAUUUGAUACAAUGUGGACCUCUGUCAGUUGCUGUUAAGCCCGCCGACUUUAGAUCCUAUAAAGGAGGUAUAAUAAAACCUAAUAAGUGCAAAGGCGAAAAGAUAUACACUCCUGUGCUCUUGGUAGGCUAUGGAGAAGAAAAAGGUAAAAAGUUCUGGAUAAUCAAACACUCCUGGGGGGAAAAUUAUGGCGAAGGAGGCUACUCGAGACUCUUACGAGAAGGCAACUCUUGUGGUAUUUUCGACUAUGUCUACACAACUGCUGUAUAUUAAUGAGUAAUGACAAUAUAAAGCGCACGAACUCCAAGCAAUCAUAACAACAUUCGUCCACCAGUCGUGAAGGGAUGUAGUGAAUUCUCUACUGCAUCCUUUGCCUCCUUAGUUUGGAGCUCAAUUUCACCCACAACAAUCUACGCCUAUACCGACUCCCGACACCCUCCAGUAGCUACAAGGCGCAGCGCUCACACUUCUGCAUCCUUUUUCUCCGAUAGUUCAGAGCUCGUGCAUACGUUGGAUCAACAUAUAUCAUACCAUCUUGUGUCAUAAGACAAGAUAUCCACAUGGCUAUGAAAAUUACUUUAAAAAAUAAAUAAAUAUAUCAAAUCUAAAAAGUGUUGAAAAAAAAGUCUUGUUUAUUGGUUCGAGCACGUAUACAGCUAUUGAUAAUUUCAAUACUGCUCCAGAUGAAAGAUUUAGAUAAUCUCUGUGCUGCUCUAAUUUACCUACUUUUGUUUGAAUUUUAUUUGCUACAUUGUUUGGAAAAUAAAUUCAUUUGGUGUCAAUUGCCUUUUCUUUAUAAGAGCUGUUAAAAACUGUAAACCUAAACUUACAUAAUUGUAUCCUUCUAAAAUCCUAAAUUGUACACCCUAGCAGGGUAUCAUGUACCUACUUGACCAUAUAUAAGACUAAAAUGUGCAAAUGAAAAUAACAUCCAUUGAAUGGAAUAAAUGAUAUGAUAUGAUAUGAUAUGAUAUGAUUAUGUCAUCAUGUAUAGGGUAUUAAUCAGUUAUUUUAGUUCACCAAAGGUCAGUCCAUUCGAUCUUUUGCCAUACGUACAGGUCGUUUCACUAAAGCUGGCACGGAUGGAAUGAACGAAACUUUCAUUGUAUGAGUGACAUAUACAUACCGAUACAUUCAGAGCCGCCAUUAUAUUGGUUGAUGUCAUACAUACAUAGAUAUUUUCAUUCACUCAUUCGUUCUAUUCUUGCCACCUCGGCACACUAGCCGAACAUCACCAUCGAUCGAAUAAUUAAUAUAUAUUUGCCGCCAGCAUCCUUGGUACAAUGCCUCAAGGGCCUAUUUUAGAUAUAAGCUAGUUAUAGUAAUCAUCUGUAUAUAUCCAUUAUGUAUAUUGUUAUUGUCAAUAAAUAUUUUUUUUAAUGA